AUGGUGGAUGAUUUGCAAUGGCCACUAACUAAGGAUACCCCAGUCAUCCGAGUUGGGCUCCGAAGCUUUGCAUUUGCAAUGCCAGGCUUGCUUUAUGGACUCCAGUUUUCAGAUGAUGGUUGCCAAAAGGAGUUAGAGGCUUUUGUGAAGCUUUUGGUGAGGUUUGGACAUUAUGAAGAUCAUUCACCAGGAAGGGAAACUACAGCCGGCAUUCAGGGUUCAUUGCAAGAAGAAGAUGAUGCCAAUUUUUGGGCAACAUCUCAGUACAAGAUAGAAAACAUAACUCAACCAUUUCUGACUCAACUAGGUGCAAUAACAGAUUACAAGUCUCAUCUCAUGACUACUUACUGCAUGGUGAAUUGCGAAACAAGUAAUAGGCAGAGAUCACUCAAAGUAGUGAGAAUGUCAGCAAUCACAAAGAUGAUAAGUAAAGGAAUUCUUGUUGGUGGGAUUCAUCCUAAUGAGCACAUAGAACUCUUUUAUAGCCCAAACAAUUUUACUUUUCUAAACACCAACUAUAAUGAGGAGGAUACUAAUUAUGGUAUUGAUUCACGGGCGUCUCCAACUAUUUUUGCAUUUUCUGACAUCGUUGAAGCCAUAGAAGCGUAUGGAGUUGUUGUCUCGGGGAAAUAUCAGUCCAUGCCACCUUAUGAGCCUAAAUGGAACCCAUUACCAAACAUUACAUUUUGGAAUAUUAGCAAAGCGGGGUUAAUUCGAAUAUUGCAAGUGAUGGUAGCAUCGGCAACUAUGAAUAUCAACCAUGAGGUGACCGGAGACUCUACUGAUCAAGAAAAUAAGCCUACUAUAAAAGAUAUAAAGAGCGAGCACCAUCAAAAAGUAGCCGUUGAACCAAUGGAUGAAGAUUCAGACAUAUUCGCGCCAGUUGCAGGAGGAAAUGUAUCUUCUGGUCAUCAAGAGUUCAUGGAAGAAGAGGUAAGACCUCAUGUGAAAGAACAAGUAGGUGUCCGUAAUAUGGAAGAUAAUAAUGCAGAAGAGAAUAAUGAAGUAAUUACUGCACCAAUAAGGGAAAUUAAGUUCCCGAUAAUCAACGAACCCGAUACUGACGGAGCUGUUAGACCCGAAAUGAAUCGAGUCGAGGAAUUAAGGGAAGCUUGUGCUGGCAUGGAGGUUGCUUGAUUGAUGUUUCAAUUCAAAUGCAUUAUGUGUUUCUUUGAUUGUUAGUUUAGUUUUACUUUCAUGUCUUUAGAUGAAACUUGUGUUAUGCAUGUAGCAUGCA